UUCUUGCAUAAUUAACGCAGGCUAGCGGUGGGCAGUGACGCAGAGUCUGAGACUUUGCUUGUAAUUUAUCAAAUACAUUCGCAUCUUUCGGCGGAACGGAGUUAAUACGUUUCCCGCGUUCAAUCUUCACGACUUUGAAUCGCAACACCGGAUCAAAUCCAUGUGAUUUCGUUUGUUCCAGACCAGACGCGCCUCUUGCAUGUGGAUGUUGAUGUGAUCGGGAAUAAAUGAAGAUGCCGCAGCCGAAAUCGCGAAAGAUCGCCGUCCUGGGCUACAGAUCCGUCGGGAAAUCCUCCUUGACAAUACAGUUUGUGGAAGGCCAGUUUGUCGACUCCUACGACCCCACGAUUGAAAACACGUUUACGAAAAUGAUCACCGUGAACGGUCAGGAGUAUCACCUGCAGCUGGUGGACACAGCAGGACAGGACGAAUACUCUAUUUUCCCGCAGACGUACUCUAUAGAUAUCAACGGCUACAUUCUGGUGUAUUCAGUCACCUCCAAUAAAAGUUUUGAAGUAGUAAAAGUUAUCCAUGAAAAGUUGUUGGAUAUGGUGGGAAAAGUACAGUAA